AUGGCCACCACCACCGCCCUCGCGCCAGCAGCCGGACCAUCGAGGCAGCCGUCCAACAACAGCCAGGAGACGUGGUCCCCGAAACGCUACCUCGAGCCCAACCAUCCAGACAAUGAGGAGGUCCUCGAACAGGCGGCAUACCAGGCUGCCGUCACUCGUCCCCCCGGCGACUCGCGCGGCAACCGCAAGUACAAGCCCCGCAGGACAGUCGACUACAUGGGUGGUGUGCAAAAGCUGCGCAUUAUGGGCAAGAUGCGAGGCGUGCAGUACCGGCCGCCAAUACACCCCAACCCCAGCGACAUCAUCAACCUCCUUCCACCUGCGGGCCUCAUCAGCAACCCGUCAACGUCCGUCUGCGAUUACUUUGUCCAUACGUCCAUCAACAAGGAGCGGUCGCCAACGCGAGUGGUCAAGUGGACACCAGAUGCGCGCCGUUUGCUCACCGGAAAUGACAAGGGUCAGUUUACGCUUUGGAACGGCGCUUCGUUCAACUACGAGUCGAUCACGCAGGUGCACGACGAUUCCAUCCGUCACAUGUCCUACUCGCACAAUGGCCAGGCUCUCGUUUCGACCGACAAGUCGGGCUGGAUCAAGUACUUUACACCGCACCUGACCAACAUCCACGGUUUCCAGGGCCACCGUGAAGCAUGUCACGGCGUGGCGUGGAGUCCCAAUGACGAACGCUUCGUGACCGGCGGUGACGACGGUCUGGUCAAGAUUUGGAACUAUCGUGCGGCGUCCGCUGAGCGCGAGCUCUCGGGCCACGGUUGGGACGUGCGUUGCGUCGACUGGCAUCCUACAAAGGGUCUUGUGGUCUCGGGAUCCAAGGACAUGCUGGUCAAGUUCUGGGACCCCCGCACAGGCAAGGAACUGUCCACUCUCCACUCGCACAAGGCAGUCAUCAACUCGUGCCAGUGGAACCCCGAGGGCCACAUUGUCGCCACGGCAGGUGGUGACGGCCUCAUUCGCCUCUUUGACAUUCGAACGUUCCGCGAGCUCGAGGCCUUGAAGGGCCAUACAAAGGAGAUCAACUGUCUCGAGUGGCACCCCAUCCACCACUCUGUCCUCGCCUCGGGCGACGCCGCCGGUUCCAUCGCCUACUGGUCUCUGCUGGCGCCCGACAUGUCCAAGCCUGUGACCAUGAUGGAGGCCGCGCACGACGACGCCGUCUUCUCCCUCUCCUUCCACCCCUUGGGCCACAUCCUCUGCUCGGGCUCCAAGGACUUCACCGCGCGUUUCUGGAGUCGUGCCCGUCCCGUGGGCGGCCACGAGAUUGACCGAUACCAUCUCGGCGAGGAAGGAGCCUACCGCGCCGAAAAGGAGCGCGAGGAGAGCCAGCCGUCCAAGUGGCCCAACCUGCCCACCCGCGACGACGAGGGCGGCCUGCCUGGUCUGCCUGGCCUCCCCGGCCUGUCCGGCGGUGCCAAUGCCAAGCCUCCUCUUCCUCCCAGUGUCCGUCCAGGCGGCUUACCCGGUCUCGGCGGCGGUGCCAGCCCGCGUACGGGAUCUGGGCCACCGGGCCUCGGCGGUCCUGGUCCAGGAGGUGCUCCGCCCGGCCUUGGUGGCAGCGGCGGCCCGCCUCGCAAUGCCAACCACAUGCCUCCAGGGCCUCAGCGCCGAUGGGGCCAGGGCGCGCACCACGGCGGCGACGACAUGAUGCGCCCGCCACCCGGUGCAGGCGGAUACGCCGGUGGAGCGGCUGCUGGAGGCGGCGGCGGCGGAGCUCCAGGCGACAGGUGGCGGCGACCCCAGGCCGGCCCGCCAGGCGGUGCGGGCGGUUACGGCCGGGAUAACCAGCGCGAUGGCGGUGGUUAUGGGCAGCAGCAGCAGCAGGGAGGCGGCGCCGGUGCCCAGGGCGGCUUUGGCAACCAGCAGAAUGGCUAUGGCCAAGGCGGCCAAGGUCAAGGUGGAUACGGUCGCGGCGCGCCAGGCCAGGGCGGGUAUGGCCAAGGCCAAGGCCAACAAGGCGGUCAAGGAGGAGGAUACGGCCAGCAGCAAGGAAGCCAGGGCGCCCAGGGAGGAGGAUACGGCCAGCAACAAGGAGGAGGAGGGUACGGUCAGCAGCAGGGAGGUGGCUACGGCGCGCGAGGUGGUGGUGGUGGCGGCGGCGGCUAUGGCCGUCGCUAG